AUGGCAGAUUCACUCACUUCAGGCAGUACAAGAACUGUUCUCAGCGACACUGCUUCUCCAGGAUAUCUCAACAAUGCCAAUUUAUCUGAGUUUCCCGCUCCUCCUACCAUCAAUAUCAAAGACGAGGGAACACCUGAGCCCCAAGUGGAUGCGAUUGAUAUGGAAAACCCCCCGGAAUCAGAUGUCAAAGCAAAAGAGUAUGGAAGCACUGAUCGUACUUAUUGUGCUAAUACGGAUUGUUUGGCUUUCAUUACCAAGAAGAGUAUCCAAGGAAAUAAGGCCUUUUGUACCAAAUCACCGUGCGAUACAGUGUCGUGUGUAAAAUGCAAGGGAAAAUGGCACGAGGGAGAUUGUCCUGCUGAUGAAGCUCUUGAGAUGGUGCUGGCGGAAGCUAAGAAGCAUUCGUGGAAGCGUUGCGCCAAGUGCGGUGCUUUGAUUGAACAUACAGAGGGCUGUGCUCAGAUGAAAUGUCAAUGCGGUCACCAGUUCUGCUACUGCUGCAACGCCACAUGGAGAACUUGUUACUGCACACAAGACAAACUUGAUCACACACUCGGAGUCACUCAUCCUUAUACAGACAAUGAAAAUGUCAUAGAGUACGGUGAAAAUAAUGAAGAAGGCUUGUCCAUUCUCGGUGGCCGAGUUGGCACAAAUAUAAUAGCCAACAACCCCUUUGAGAAUGACACCAGUCAAACUAGUCAACGAAAUACAGGACUUUGGUCGAACAAUCGACUAGAUGGACAAACUGACAAGCCAUCGGCAGAAGCUCUGGGUGCUCGGUUUCAACAGGAAAUGCAUAGAUUGCGAGAUUAUAUUCGAAGUAUUGAACACAGGGCAGACAACCAUGAGAAUACGACAUCUAGCACCUUGACACCCGCGACCAAUCAAGAUCUCAACGUAACUCCAGAUAAAAAUCUUGAUACCGAACCUAGUCUCUCCAUCAACUACAGCACCAACCACGGUAAUAACAUAAACACCACUCCAACUUCCAACCGCAAUCCUCUACUUCCUCUCCGCACUUCAAAUCCCAGCUCCAAUACCCAAACAGACACAUACACACAACCCAUGAAUCAACAAUCCGAACUUUCAUCCACAUCAGCAGUCAGUAGCCAGAUUUAUGACACAGCAGAUAAUAUAAACAAUAUUAGUCUUGCUCGACGGAUAAAUGCUAUGAUGAUGCGUAGACGACAAAUUCAGGCAAUAAUGAUUCACGAUUGGGCUGCGCGUGAAUUUUUUCUCAACUAG